CGAAAUGCCGGAGAUGCUGUUAAAGGUUGUGGGGUUCGGGAGCUGAUUCCUUGAUGUCAGAACUGACUGCUGUUCAGGGGAAUCUCUAAAGCUGUUUCAACUCGACGAUUGUGGAGAUUGUCGUCCCAGCUCCGAAGAAGCCCCUCAGUGGCCAAGAUGAACUGUGCAGCACAGAUAUACACCGGGCCAGAAAUUUCGAAGUGUAGUUCACUGCCAAACUUCUGGAAUUUCAAAAUUGGCUGCGGUGUCUCUACACCGGACUGAAGGUGAACGGCAUUCACGAAGAAGUUUCAAUGGGUCGCAAGCAGAGACGUUUGUGUUUGGGACUUCGUUUUCUGGUGAUGAUUCCAAUCUUCAUCGUACUUGCACCCGCUCCUUCCAGUUUCUCAUGGUCAUCCUAUCAUGCUAUGGUGAACUCCUUGACUGGAGCUACCACGGCAGAAACUAUUGCGACAAAUGGAGUCAUUUGGACUGGUGAUUCCAGUUUGCCAUGGGCAACUUCUCUGGCAAUAUCAAGAGGCAGAAUUUUGAGUGUUGGAUCCCUAAGGGAAGUGCAGAGAAAUGCUGGUUCUGAAACUCAGUAUGUGGAUUUAGGGGGUAAAUUUGUCGCUCCAGGAUUUGUCGAUUCGCAUGUGCACUUCAUACCCAGUGGAAUUAAGAUGAAUUAUGUGAAUAUGAGAGACGUGCGAAGCCGCUCGGAUUUUGUGGAAAAGGUUGAACUUCUUGCGAAAGUGACAAAGAAAGGAAGCUGGAUCAUCGGAGAUAACUGGAACCACCAUAACUGGGGUGGUGAUCUGCCUCAAGCUUCAUGGAUCGAUAGUGUCACACCUGAUAAUCCUGUUUGGAUGGUUCGUAUGGAUGGCCACAUGGGCUUUGCAAAUUCGCGGGCCCUCGCUGAGGCAGGCAUAGAUACCAAUGUUCCAGAUCCUGAGGGAGGGAUCAUCGUUAAAGACAAUGAAGGAGGUCUAAGCGGAGUUCUUUCGGAGAGUGCUAUGGCUUUGAUUACCAGGAUACUUCCCCAGCCUUCACUUGCAGAUCGUCGAGAUGGACUUUUGAGAGCCUGCACACAUGCAUUGAGUAGGGGCAUCACCUCAGUUGUUGACUUUGGGGCAUACAUCCCCGGAGUUCCAGCCGAACAAAGCUGGAAUGAUCUUAGAGAUGUCUAUCUUUGGGCUGAUUCCAAAGCGAAGCUCUCAGUAAGAGUGUCGGCAUUUCUGCCUUUACAAACUUGGGCUCGCCUUGCGGGAAGAGUGGCAGAAAAAGGACGUAUUUUAAGCCAAUGGCUUCGCAUUGGAGGAGUGAAGGCAUUUGCAGAUGGGAGUCUAGGAUCCUCCAGCGCUCUUUUUCACGAGCCUUAUGCAGAUGAUCCUAGCAACCAUGGAGUCUUUGUAGUAGAUCCAGAGUGGUUAUUAAAGGCCAUUAUUGACGCCGACAAAGCGGGUCUUCAGAUCGCAGUCCAUGUUAUUGGUGAUGCUGCUGUUGAUCACUUGUUGUCUGUUGUUGAGAUUAUGAAUGCUACAAAUGGACCUCGAGAUCGGCGCUUCAGGCUUGAGCAUGUCCAGCACAUGACCACCGGAGGACCUGCCCGGGUUGCAUCGAGUGGCGUCAUAGCAUCAGUGCAGCCGAUGCAUUUGCUGGACGAUGCGAUUUACGUUAAGCAAAAACUUGGAGAGGAGCGAGGAGCGAAAGGAUCAUACCUUUUCAACUCUCUGCUCACAAAUGGAACAAUACUUGCGUUGGGUUCAGAUUGGAAUGUUGCACCUCUUGACGCCCUAGGGGGAAUACAGGCAGCUGUGAGGAGAAUUCCGAAAGGAUGGACUGUACCUUUUAUUGACUCAGAGAUAAUACCUGUGGAAGCUGCUUUGAAAGGGUACACAGUUAAUGCUGCACAUGCCGCCUUCAUGGAUGAAGAUGUGGGCUCGUUGGCCGUGGGAAAGCUUGCUGAUUUCGUAGUUUUAUCUGAAAAUCUGCUGAUGUCGACCGCUGAAACGAUGCCCAAGGUAAUGGCUACUUAUGUUGGUGGUGUACAAGUUUACGCCAGAGACGACUUGGCAGAUUCUUAGCACCGAGGUUAGGUAGAGAGUAGGUGUUUAGUUAGUGUUUGUCGUGUGUUAUUCUAAUUCACUUUAAACACACUCUUUUGCUCGUCUUAUUGGACGGUUUCAUCGAAGUAAAGAAUUAUCUGAUUCGAUUCAAAGCAGCUCAGUAGUUAGUGUGUCAUCCUUCACCUGAACUGAUGAAUUCCGCUCAGAAUUCUACCCUACUUAAGGAGAUAACAGGGCUAGUUGUUGCU